CGAACUGCUACAAUGCUGAAUAAUAACGAAGAAUCCCGUCAACCGAGCAUCAUAAACCGGGACACUUAGACAAAAGUCGCCCUUUAUCUUCACCGCUGUAUCGUUUCUACCAAACGCUUUGCCAAAAUGAUGGAAGAAAUCGACCGGUUUCAAGUCCCUCCAGUCAACGGAGAGACGCAGCCGCUGGACCCAGCAGCAUCCUCUACCUCAGAGGCAGACCCUGACAACAAGGGAGAGACUGUGGCCAUGAACUACAAGCCCUCACCACUGCAAGUCCAAAUAGAGAAACAGAGGGACCUUGCCAGGAAGGGCUCAGUGAAGAAUGGCACUGUGGGCAGUCCUGUCAAUCAACAACCCAAGAAGAACGCCAGGACAAGGUUGGUGGUACCAAACAAAGGCUACUCCUCCUUGGACCAGAGCCCAGAUGAGAAGCCCCUUGUAGCACUGGACACUGACAGUGACGAUGACUUUGACAUGUCCAGAUACUCGUCAUCAGGAUACUCCUCAGCCGAGCAGAUCAACCAGGACCUGAACAUCCAACUCCUGAAGGAUGGGUACCGGCUCGAUGAGAUCCCUGAUGACGAGGACCUGGAUCUGAUCCCUCCGAAAGCAGUCAACCCCACCUGCAUGUGUUGCCAGGCUGCUCCCUCCACAGCCUGUCAAAUCCAGUAGCCCCCCGCCCCUCCUCCAAUCUCCUUCAAGAAAAAAAAAAAAAAAAAAAAUCUCCUGUCUGCCACCUGCACUGAAGCCAACUUCCUACUAGAGCGGCAGCAAGGAGGAGUUGAAAAACUAUUGGCUGGCACCGGCACAAAGGGAUAACAAGGGCGUGUAAAUGUUACAGUAAGCAAUUGAAACAGGUCAAGUCUCGAGAAAAGUGUCCAUAUGUACAGUAUCUUGUGCACGUUCCUCCUAUGGUAGGAUCUGUGCAUCUUACUUCUGCGGGGGCUCGACUGAUGGCAGAAACAUUACCUCCAAGGAAAACAUGUUACUUUUGCUUCUCCUUCGCCUGAACUCCAUCCCAUGGUUGUGGAUAUUUUGGUUUAUAACCACCAUGAAGGAUUGUGCGACACUGCAGAAGAACGGAACCAACAAAAGGGCAUGACAGGAACAACGACAAAAAAACGUUAUUACUGCUGAAGUGCACCAUUCAAGGAGUCUAAUACUCUGCUGCUGGUCAUAUUCAAUGGACGAGAAGAAGCUUAGGAGAUCGGAAGUCUCUUAGUGGCCAUUGUCUUUUCUCUCGUUUCUUUCAGCCGGUCUGCUUUGUCUUCCUGUGUACAUAUGUGUCAAACAUGAAAAUGAUAUGUGUGUGUGUGCGUGUGUGAAAUUAUGUCAAGAACAUAGUGCUAAACCAUCAAGUUGCUGAUAAAACACUAGCGCUUGCAAGUCACGACACUAAGGUAGUCAAAUCCAGAUUUUUUUUUUUGUAAUGUCUGUCUGUUACACCGAGGUUGUACUGCUCAUUGUUUAAUAUUCAGUUAAAAGAAACUGAACACAAAUCAUUUUGCAUGUUGCCUGUUAACACUGUCUUCUAAUGACCAGCCUGUGCAGAUAAUUUACCUGAUUUUAUUGACCCUUAAACACAUCCUUGUGCUGAUGAGACAUUGUGUGAGAUGUGCUUUAAAAAAAAACAUAAAAUUAGCAAUAUUUAGGUUCACCUACUGUAAUAACAGAAGAUGUAGAGAAACAAUUAUUUAGAAAUAAUGGCAGAACAGCUCAUGGAUUAGUGUACUUCCUUUAUUUUUAUCCAUGUCAGCCCUGGACAUGACU